AUGAAAACUAAAGAAAAACCAAAGUUAAAAAAGAAAGGGAAAGAAACCAAAGAAUUCAAGAUUAAGUCAAAGAAACAAAUAAGAAUUGAAACUGAAGAUGAAGACUCGGAAGAAGAAGAGGCGAUCUGCUUGUAUUGCAAUGAUUUAUAUUCUAAGUCAAGUGAAGGCUGGUGUUCCUGUUCCAUUUGUAAAAAAUGUUCACAUUUGGCAUGCGCUGGCAUAGAUAGUGACGAUGAUGAGUGUUCUAAUUUGUGA